AUGGGGGCAGCCCCGUCACGAUUGAUCCGUAUCUCGACCACGACAGGCGCCUAUACGGAUUUGAGGUCGCUAAACCUGACCUCUACGCCGGUCGCCGGCGUAGUCGAUGAAAACUCACAAUACUGGCUUACCAAUGCUGCAAACACAGCCUGGACCCAGGUCGACCUAUUGCCGGGCUCAGCUACGUUUGGGCGAAUCGUAGCAUCUGGUACAUCACCUGCCCCAGCUUAUACAGUUUCCGACUGGGCAUGGAUUCCCGGUACGGCAGGCGGCAACUACCUCUGGGGUGUUUCUUACGAAGCUGGAUUAUUAGGGUUAACAGGUACCUCACGCUUAAUGGCAUGGAAUCGAUCUACCAAGAUUUGGACAACGUCAACAGCGAUCACAGGUGUUCUAAGUGGCAGUUUGAUAAACUACCAGUCAGUCUUCGCGGGUGGAACAGACACGCUGUACGCUGCCGAUUCGUCGACUGGACAAUUAUACACAUUCCCUCUUCCUGGAUCAGGCCUCGCUACCGCACAGGUUGCUUUAGGUAAUAGUUUUGGCCUCGCAACAAUAGCCGAUGGUGCUAGGUGUGCUGCCGCUAAUUAA